ACAAUUCAUUUGUUAAAAAAAAUUCUACUUCCUCUGUGCAUAGAGAGGAGUUUGGUGUUUAAAUUGGAAGCUAUGCGGUCUAAGUCCAACUGUUCUCAGAAUCCAAAUUGCAGCAUAAUGAUAUUUCGUCCAACCAAGGAAGAGUUUAAUGAUUUUGACAAAUACAUUGCCUACAUGGAGUCCCAAGGGGCACACCGAGCCGGCGUGGCCAAGGUCAUCCCGCCCAAGGAGUGGAGAGCCAGGCAGUCCUAUGAGGAUGUCUCGGAUCUCCUGAUAGCCACGCCCCUGCAGCAAGUGGUCUCUGGGCACGCGGGUGUGUUCACACAAUAUCAUAAGAAGAAGAAAGCCAUGACGGUCGGGCAGUACCGUCACCUAGCCAACAGUAAAAAAUACCGGACCCCACCACACCUGAAUUUUGAAGAGUUGGAGAGAAAAUACUGGAAAAAUCGCCUCUAUGGGUCACCAAUUUAUGGUGCCGAUGUCAGCGGCUCCCUGUUUGAUGGGAAGACUCAACAUUGGAAUGUGGGACACCUGGGAACAAUUCAGGACCUAUUGGAACAGGAAUGUGGCAUUGUGAUCGAGGGCGUCAACACGCCCUACCUGUACUUUGGCAUGUGGAAGACCACGUUUGCGUGGCACACGGAGGACAUGGACCUGUACAGCAUCAACUACCUGCACUUUGGGCAGCCCAAGACGUGGUAUGCUGUGCCCCCUGAGCAUGGCCAGCGCCUGGAGCUCCUGGCCAGGGACCUCUUCCCUGCCAGCUCCCGGGGCUGCCAGGCCUUCCUGAGGCACAAGGUGGCGCUCAUCUCCCCCACCGUGCUCAGGGAGAAUGGCAUCCCCUUUGGCCGCAUGACCCAGGAGGCUGGCGAGUUCAUGGUCACUUUUCCCUAUGGUUACCACGCCGGCUUCAACCAUGGCUUCAACUGUGCGGAGGCCAUCAACUUCGCCACCCCGCGGUGGAUCGACUACGGCAAGGUGGCGUCUCAGUGCAGCUGUGGGGAGGCUCGGGUGAGCUUCUCUAUGGACGCCUUUGUGCGCAUCCUACAGCCUGAGCGGUAUGAGCUGUGGAAACGGGGCAAAGAUCAGGCAGUUGUGGACCACACAGAGACUAUGGGGCCUACCACUCAGGGGCUCACCACCUGGAGGGUGAGCAAAGUACCAAAAAAACCUUGGGGCCUGAGGCAUCACCGGCUUCCCCAGGUGUCACGCUCUCCUCUGUCUAUAGACACUGACAGUAAAAUUUCUUGCAACACCCGGGUGUGCCACACCUCCAGGCAACCAUCAGGUGCCAAACGUGAUGAGGUCCAGAAGCCUGACCCAGCCACAGCCCCACCACAUCCUCUGGGCCUAUCUUCUCCUAGUUACCAUAUGUCAACUGGAAGACGUGGUCUGGGUCGUCGCCCUUGUGAACUAGGAGUACAGGAAUCCACCAAUGAGGCUCCAGUCAAGAGGCGCCUGCCACCAGGACUGAGCCCAGAGCUUCAGUCCCAGUCCGUGAGUGGAGAUGUGAUAGAGAACUCUGGACUUGGGAGCCCUGGCCCACAGCAUCCUGUAACAGCUCUGAAGGAGGACUGACCUCUGACCCCCGAACCUAUGUGUGCCAAUAGCUCAUUGCCCUGCAGUAGGAAGCUCAAUAGGACCUUUGCCUUAGACCGUUGACUGAGUUUGUGGGACACUGGCCAUGGCUGACGGAGCUCCUUGUCAGUUCUAACUACUAGACUCACACUGCAUCUUCCACUCUCCGGAAUUGGCAAGCCUCAGGAUACCAGUAAUUCCUGGUCUACCACGGGAGGUGUCAUUGGCUAAUUUCAGCUGAGGCUGCUCAAAACUGACCUCCCAUCCUCAGGGCUGUUAGAAAAGGCUGAAAAUUCAAGUUUUCCUACUCCACAGCCAUUUCUUGCAAAAUGUCUAACUUUUUACUACUAGAUUAGCAGUCACUAAGGAAGUGUCAUACAAAAAUGUCCAAAGUUAUUUGAGAGUCACAGAUGACCUCUUAAAGUUGGUGUAUUGAAAUUUGUCUCACCAGUUUUCACAAAUAAAGGCAAAGCAGCCAAAUAUUAAAAUUACUUUAUUUCUAAUAUUGUGGAACUAAUUAUACAGAGCAAACUCCAAGCUGGACUUGAAACCUGAGAUCUUUUGUUCCA